CCAUGGUGUUCGAGGUGCCUCUGUCACCGCCUGGGCUCGUGUCCUCCGCAGACCUCUACGGCUGCCAGUCCUGCAGGGUAGAUGAGUGGGCCCCAGCAAGGAGCGAAGCUUGCUUCAACUGCACCGUUGAGUUUCUGUCCUGGUCUGAGCCCAUCUCCUGGGCUCUGCUGAUCCCCACUGUCCUCCUGAUGCUGCUCAUGGCAGGGCUGGCCAUACUCUUCGCCCUGAACACCUCCACACCGGUGGUCAAGUCUGUGGGCAGGAAGAUGUGCUUCCUCAUGCUGGCCUCUCUGGCCUGCGCCUGCAGCAGCCUCUUCUGCUACUCUGGGGAGUCCACCCGGCACACAUGCCUGCUGCAGCUCCCUCUCUGCCAUCGGCUUCACCGUCUUCCUCUCAUGCAUGGCGACACGCUCCUUCCAGAUCAUCUGCAUCUUCAAGCCGGACGCAUGCUGGCCGGCCCUCUACGAGGGGUAGGAGCCAGCCCGGCUCAGAAGGAAGGCACUGAGGGGCUCUUUCAGGGGAUGCACCAGCUGCAGGUGGACGAUAGCAAACCGUCCUUCUGGGCUUUCAAAAUCAGCCCGGGCUGCGGGGGCAUUUGCCUGGGCUGUGGGGAGCGCACCGGCACGGCCGGGCGCUGCGAGGAGCUUCAGGGUUGA